AUGUACCCGACGCCCCCAGCAUCUCCCUCCCAAAAUGGAUUCUGCGCGCCGGAAGACCGCCUAGGCCAGGUUCUCGCCGGACGCCUCCAGCUGACUGGCAUUCUCGGCGUUGGCGCCUACGGCGUCGUGUACACGGCCGUGGACAUCCAGACCAACAUCCCCUAUGCAGUAAAAGCACUCAACAAGGUUGGUCUUGAGCCUCGCCAGAGAAAGUUCCAGCAACGGGAGAUCCAGCUGCACCACCAGGCCAGCGCCCAUCCCAACGUGGUCUCGCUUGUCAAGAUCAUGGAUGCGCCCGACUGCACAUACGUUGUCAUUGAAUACUGCCCAGAGGGCGACCUCUUCUCCAACAUCACCGAGCAGGGCAAGUACGUGGGUAAUGAUGCCAUGGCCAAACGCGCUUUUCUCCAGGUUUUGGAUGCCGUCGAAUAUUGCCACUCUAUUGGAAUCUACCACCGGGACCUGAAGCCGGAGAAUGUUCUCGUCACUGACAAUGGAAUGACCUGCAAGCUUGCCGACUUUGGACUCGCCACCACGGACCCCGUCACCUCGGACUUUGGAUGCGGCUCCACCUUCUACAUGUCCCCAGAGUGCCAGACAUCAGCACCCAAGGCCUACUCCUGCUACGCAUCGGCGCCCAACGAUGUCUGGAGCCUCGGUGUCAUGCUGGUGAACCUGACAUGCGGACGCAACCCGUGGAAGCGGGCUUCGUUUGACGACAGCACUUUCCGCGCCUUCAUGAAGGACCCCAAGUUUCUCAAGACGAUUCUUCCCGUCUCGGACGAGCUUGACGCCAUCCUGAGACGCAUGUUCGAGUUCAACCCGGCCAAGAGGGCGACGAUUCCCGAGGUUCGCGACAUGAUCCUCCGAUGCUCGUCUUUCACUGCCCCCAAGUCGGCCGUCUCGACGCCUCUGCCUACUCCUUCAUUUGGCCCCGUCGACUACAACCAGGACCCCGCAUACAACCCAUACUACCAGGCGCCCGUUCCCCAGUUUGCUCCUCUCCCCGGAUCCGCAUACGCACCUUCGCCUUUCCAGUCGUCGACGUCGUCGGGAAGCUCCAACUCGGAUGGCGAGUCGGUCUUCUCUGCGUGCUCGUCGGCCUCUUCUGCUUCGUCGACCUCGUCGUACCAGUCGCAGCUCCCCAAGUUCUCGUCGCGCGUGCCUCAGCCCCAGCCUCAGCAGCAAUACGUUUCUCCCCAGCCUCCCUCCAACACGUGGUUCCAGCCCUUUAUCCAGGCCGCCAAUCUGGUCAAGCAUGUCUCCUUCCAGCCCUCGAUGAUGGCCCCGGUCCACGUCUACUAG